UGCCUGAAAUGGAUCCCAAAUUAUAAAUAUGGGCUGAUUCAGAUCUGGAGGAGAUAUGUCUGAUCACUGCCUGCAGGACCCACCCUGGGAACAUCCAGAGGGAAACUUGGCAGGAGAAAUGUCGUCUGAUUUGCAACCGUCACGCUCUGAGGAAAUCAUCAGACUCGUGGAGAGGGGGAAUUAAAUAAUAAGGACAAUGUCUUUUCUCAGCAACUUAACAAACGACUCUAACCUGUGGAAAGUCAGUCACAAUUCUACAGACCUUUUGAAUUAUCCAGGAACUCUCCAUCUCUCUCUCUUUUGCCUGGUAUGUUUAAUGACUCUCGCGGCUCUGGUAGGCAGCAUUUUCUCACUAGUGUCCCUUCUAAGAAUGCAGAACAGAACUGUGGUGUCCAUGCUUGUGGCUUCCUGGUCUGUGGAUGAUCUCUUGAGCGUCUUGUCAGUGGCCAUCUUCCUGCUUUUGCAGUGGCCCAAAAAGGCCCCUGGCUACUUUCAGUCUCUGUGCGCCACCUCAGCCUUACUGUAUUUAUGCCAGGGCCUCUCCAGCAACUUGAAGGCGGCUCUGCUAGUCUCCUAUAACUUUUACACGCUGCACAGGGCCGAGGGGAGUCAGACAGCAUCCAUACGAUCCCGCCAGGUGCUCGGCGUGGCGCUGACGGUGUGGGCAGUCAGCCUGCUGCUCGCCGCGCUCCCUCUGUGCGGCUGGGGCGCCUUCGUGCGCACGCCCUGGGGUUGCCUGACCGACUGCUCCAGCUCCUACGUGCUGCUCCUCUUCGCGGUGUACGCUUCUGCCUUUGGACUCCUGGCCGGCCUCUCCGUUCCUCUCACUCACCAGCUGCUGUGCUCCGAGGAGCCGCCGAGACUCCACGCCAACUACCAAGAAAUUUCCCGUGGAGCGUCCACUCCUGGGACCCCCGCUGCUGCGGGAAGAAUGCUCUCCCUGUCGCCAGGGGAUGCUUCGGUCCCCGCUCUGCGACGCUCCCCGAGCCCUGACUCAGUGUUUGGACCCGGCCAGCCCGGUGCCUCCAGCGCUAGAGCCUGCAGGCGUGAGAACUCCGGGAUUCCCUAUGGCACCAGAGGCUUCCCGGUGAGCCUGGCACAGAAGCGCUUCUCUUUGAUCCUAGCACUGACGAAAGUCAUCCUCUGGCUGCCCAUGAUGAUCCACAUGGUAGUCAAGCACGUGGUGGGGUUUCAGAGCCUUCCGGUGGAUAUGCUCAGCUUUCUGCUAACCUUGCUGGCUACCACUGUAACCCCAGUGUUUGUCUUGUCCAAACGCUGGACCCACUUACCUUGUGGCUGCAUCAUCAACUGCAAGCAGGACGCCUACUCCGUGGAAUUGGAUGGGAAAAAACCCAAGAGGAAGGGAUUUGAAUUCAAUCUGUCGUUUCAACAGAGUUAUGGAAUUUAUAGAAUAUCACAUGCAGAUUACUGUGAUGAUGAUUCCAUAGCUUACCACAACUUGAAGACCUAUGAAUGUGAAACUACAAAAGAUUCCCAGAGAGACAGCCACAUCUUCAAUACCAUCAAAGUAGAAAUCAGCACCACCCCAUCUCUGGACAGCGCCACAGUUAGCGGCAUCAACAAAUGCACCAACACUGAUGUUGCAGAAGCCACGCCGGAUGCCACCAAGCAAAACAGUGUGUUUUCUGACAGAGCAGAAACUGGUAUUAACCAUGAAGAAAGCACCUCUUUUGAAGGUCCAGAAAGAAGGCUAUCUCAUGAAGAAACUCAGAAACCAGACCUUUCUGACUGGGAGUGGUGUAGGAGCAAGUCAGAAAGAACCCCUCGUCAGCGUUCCGGUGGUGGACUGGCCAUUCCCUUGUGUGCUUUCCAGGGGACCGUGUCUCUACAAGCACCUACAGGAAAAACCUUGUCUCUUUCUACUUAUGAAGUCAGCGCAGAAGGGCAAAAGAUAAGCCCAGCCUCGAAGAAAAUAGAAGUCUAUCGAUCUAAAAGUGUUGGCCAUGAACCGAACUCAGAGGAUUCUCCCUCCACUUUCACAGACACCAGUGUGAAAAUCCACUUGGAAGUUCUUGAAAUUUGUGACAACGAUGAGGCUUUGGAUACUGUGUCCAUCAUUAGCAACAUCAGCCAGUCGUCUACGCAAGUCAGGUCCCCCUCACUGCGUUACUCAAGGAAGGAAAACAGAUUCGUCUCCUGUGAUUUAGGAGAAACUGCCUCAUACUCCAUUUUUUUACCUACAAGUAAUCCUGAUGGCGAUAUCAACAUCUCCAUCCCAGACACUGUGGAAGCACACAGACAGAACAGUAAGAGGCAGCAUCAAGAGAGGGACGGGUACCAGGAAGAGAUCCAGUUGCUAAAUAAAGCCUACAGGAAAAGAGAAGAGGAAAGCAAGGGUGAUUAGGGAGC